CGGAAGGAUUCCCUAUACAAGACUUGGGGCUGGCUUUACCUCGAUCCCCAAACGCAGCAGAGCCUUGGGCGUGAGCUGUUGAAACCACUGGAGGGAAGGAAAUCCAUCCUGCCUGGUUCUGGGGAAGGGGCUUCUUCUGGCCAUGUCUCCUGUAGCUGCUGCUGAGCCAGACGGGGUCCAGCGAGACAGGCGUGUCAGCAAGCUCAUUUUCUUCCUUUUUGUAUUUGGUGCCAUCCUGUUGUGUGUGGGAGUCCUGCUCUCCAUCUUUGGGUUCCAGGCAUGCCAGUACAAAAUCUUCCCAGACUGCAGCAUGGUGCUGAAGGUCGCUGGGCCUGCCUGUGCCGCGGCUGGGCUUGGGGCUGUGAUCCUGGCCCGCUCGCGGGCACGACUUCAGCUCCGUGAGGGGCGCCUGCGGGGCAGUCAGGCGGACCCCGACCGAGCCUUCAUCUGUGGAGAGAGCCGCCAGUUUGCCCAGUGCCUCAUCUUCGGGUUUCUGUUCUUGACGAGUGGCAUGCUCAUCAGCAUUCUGGGCAUUUGGGUCCCCGGCUGUGGUUCAGACUGGGCGCAGGAACCCCUGAAUGAGACAGACACUGCCGACGUGGAGCCCCAGAUCUGUGGAUUCCUGUCCCUGCAGAUCAUGGGGCCGUUGAUUGUACUCAUGGGACUGUGUUUCUUUGUGGUUGCCCACGUUAAGAGAAACAACUUGAAUGAGGGCCAGGAUGCCUCCGAAAGUGAAGACAGACAGACGCAGAGCACGGAGCCCGUCCAUGUCACUGUAGGUGAUGCCGUGAUAAUAUUCCCACCCCCACCACCACCUUACUUUCCCGAGUCUUCAGCUUCUACAACUCCGAGUCCUGGGGCUAAUGGUUUGCUUCCAAAUGAAAAUCCGCCUUCAUAUUACAGUAUUUUUACCUAUGGUAGGACCCCAACUCCUGAGGGCCAAGGCGCGGCCUCCGAGAGAGAUCAUGAAUCUAUAUACACCAUUUCUGGGACUGCUUUGGCCUCUGAGAUCUCAAUCACUCCUCAUCUCUCCUCUGAACUGCCUCCCAGAUAUGAAGAAAAAGAAAUGGCGGUAGCCACAACCUCAUCUCCAUCUUCUGAGCCUUCCCCACCGUGAACUCUGGACUCCAGUUCCAUUUUCUAUAAAAUUGAUCACUGUUUUAUUUAAUUUGUUUUUUAAUAAAAAAAAUACAAUGGC